CCUCGAUCUGGUAAAGUUGUUCUUGUCUAUAGUUUCUUUUGGCACAUGACAAACAAAUCAAUUGAACAUAUUUUUAUCAUUUUUUUUUCAAAAUAAUGUAUUUUAAUUUUUAAUGGAAAAAAUAUAAAUAUUAUAUUCUUGUUUAUAACUUUAGGAUGAUCAUCUCACAAAAUAUUCAUCUUGAUAUAUAAGUGUUUUGACGGGAGUGUUUUGACGCGAGUAUUACACAUUAUCUAUAGCAAUAUAGCAAAUACGCUAUGGCUACAUUCACUUAAUACGACAUCUGUUGACUGUGCUUUGCAAAGAUCAGUGACAAUGCCACAAUGGCAGGUUCCAUAGAGAUUCCACUUCGUGAUACAGAUGAGGUAAUUGAGCUAUACCUUGAUCAAUUACCAGAGGGUGAUGAAGUUCUUGGAAUUUUACGUCAAGAACAUGCGCAACUUAAUAUUUGGGUCAAUUUGGCCCUUGAAUAUUAUAAACAACAUAAAAUCGAUGAUUUCAUUAAAAUACUUGAAUCUUCUCGAAUUGAUGCUAAUAUUGAUUACCGUGACUAUGAAAAAGAUCAAAUGCGUGCAUUGGAUAUGUUGGCUGCAUAUUAUGUGCAGGAAGCCAACAGAGAAAAAAAUAAAGAUAAGAAAAGAGAUCUCUUUACAAAAGCUACUUUAUUAUACACAACUGCAGAUAAAAUUAUUAUGUAUGAUCAGAAUCAUUUACUUGGCAGAGCUUAUUUCUGUCUCCUGGAGGGUGAUAAGAUGGAUCAAGCUGAUGCCCAAUUUAAUUUUGUACUAAAUCAAUCUCCUAAUAAUAUUCCUUCUUUACUUGGAAAAGCAUGUAUAGCAUUUAACAAGAAAGAUUAUAGAGGUGCACUUGCUUUUUAUAAAAAAGCUUUAAGAACAAAUCCAAAUUGUCCAGCUGCUGUGAGGUUGGGAAUGGGCCAUUGUUUCAUGAAAUUAAAUAAUCAAGAAAAGGCGCGUUUAGCAUUUGAAAGAGCAUUACAAUUAGAUGGUCAAUGUGUUGGAGCAUUAGUUGGUCUUUCAGUCUUGAAAUUAAAUCAACAACAACCUGAUAGUAUUAGAACCGGUGUGCAAAUGUUGUCUAAAGCUUAUACAAUUGAUUCAACAAAUCCUAUGGUUUUAAAUCAUUUGGCAAAUCAUUUUUUUAAAAAAGAUUAUAACAAAGUACAACACUUGGCACUUCAUGCAUUUCAUAAUACUGAAAAUGAAGCUAUGCGUGCUGAGAGUUGCUAUCAAUUAGCCAGAGCAUUUCAUGUGCAAGGUGAUUAUGAUCAAGCAUUUCAAUAUUAUUAUCAAGCAACACAAUUUGCGCCACCAGUAUUUGUAUUACCUCAUUUUGGCUUAGGUCAAAUGUAUGUUUAUAGAGGUGAUGCAGAAAAUGCAGCACAAUGUUUCGAGAAAGUAUUAAAAGCUCAACCAGGUAAUUAUGAAACAAUGAAAAUUCUUGGAUCGUUAUACGCAAAUUCAAGUUCUCAAUCAAAACGCGACAUCGCUAAAAACCAUCUUAGAAAAGUAACUGAACAAUUUCCCGAUGAUGUUGAAGCCUGGAUCGAAUUGGCUCAAAUAUUAGAACAAAGUGACCUUAACGCAGCCUUAAAUGCAUAUGGUACUGCAACUAGAAUUUUAAAAGAAAAAGUUCAAGCGGAUAUACCGCCUGAAAUUCUAAAUAACGUUGGAGCUCUACAUUAUAGACUUGGAAAUUUGGAAGAAGCUAGAAAAAAUUUGGAAGAAUCUUUAGCACGUUCCAAAGCAGAUGCCUUACAUGAUUCUGUAUAUUAUAAUUCAAUAGCAGUUACGACAACAUAUAAUUUGGCACGAUUGAACGAAGCUUUAUGUAUAUUUGAUAAAGCGGAAAAAUUAUACAAAGACAUUUUAAAAGAGCAUCCAAAUUACGUGGAUUGUUAUUUACGACUUGGUUGUAUGGCUCGAGAUAAGGGACAAAUUUAUGAAGCGUCUGAUUGGUUUAAAGAUGCUUUAAGAAUAAAUAAUGAGCAUCCAGAUGCGUGGUCUCUUUUGGGUAAUUUACAUUUGGCCAAAAUGGAAUGGGGUCCAGGUCAAAAAAAAUUUGAAAGAAUUUUAAAAAAUCCAACAACAAGUACUGAUGCCUAUUCAUUAAUUGCAUUGGGUAAUAUUUGGCUUCAAACAUUGCAUCAAAGUGGAAAAGAUAAGGAUCGAGAAAAGCGACAUCAAGAUAGAGCACUAGCUAUGUAUAAACAGGUUUUAAGAAAUGAUCCUAAAAAUAUUUGGGCUGCAAACGGGAUUGGAGCUGUAUUAGCACAUAAAGGUUGUGUAAAUGAAGCCAGAGAUAUUUUUGCUCAAGUUCGAGAAGCGACAGCAGAAUUUUGUGAUGUUUGGUUAAAUAUUGCACACAUUUACGUAGAACAAAAACAAUUUGUUAGCGCUAUUCAAAUGUAUGAAAAUUGUCUUCGGAAAUUCUAUAAAUAUCAUCAUGUUGAAGUUUUACAAUAUCUUGGAAGAGCUUAUUUUAAAGCUGGUAAAUUGAAAGAGGCAAAAUUGACAUUAUUAAAGGCAAGAAGAGUAGCUCCACAAGAUACUGUUUUAUUGUACAAUAUUGCACUUGUUCUUCAACGUUUAGCCACACAAAUUUUAAAAGAUGAAAAAUCUACCUUAACGACAGUACUCCAAGCGGUUCAUGAAUUGGGACUUUCACAUAAAUAUUUCCAAUAUUUAUCAGCUCAUGGUGACAGAAUGGAACAACUUGCAGAAGCAGAAGCAAGAAGAUGUCAAGAUUUGUUAUCACAAGCACAAUAUCAUGUCGCUCGAGCUAGGCGAUUAGACGAGGAAGAAAAAAUGCUCAGAAGAAAACAAGAAGAAGAAAGACAAGCAUUUAAAAUGCGACAAACGGAGGAACAACGGAAACUUGAAGAAAUGCGCCGUCAAAAAGAAGAGGAAAUGUUGCAAAAACGUCAAGAAUAUGUUGAAAAGACAAAGAAUGCUUUAGUAUUUGGCGAAAUGCCUUCAGAAAAGCCUGGAAAGAAAGGAAAAAGAGUACGUACUGAUCAAUAUGUUAGUGACAGUGGUGGGUCUGGAAGAGAAGAAGGUAGAGAGGAAGCUCCUAGAGAAAAGAAACGCAAAAGGAAAGCUAGUGGAGAACGCAAAGAAAGAAAAGGCAAGGGUAAAGGAAAACGUAAGAAAGAAUUGGCGAGUGGAGAAAGUGGUUCAGAAAGCGAUCGGCCUAAGCCGAAACGUGGAAGGAAAGGUGGAGCCAAGAAAGACAAAGGAUUUCGAAAAAGUACAAGUGAAACUACAAAAGGUAAAAUGCCUUUAUCGAAAGAGACAAUAUCGACCAGCGAAUCUGAUAGUGAUUCAGGUGGUCUUAAAAUUGCCAGCGGAGGUGAAAGUGGCAAUGAAGGCCGUGCACGUGGAAGUAGGCGAAUUAUGUCUGACUCCGAAGGUUCUCGUGCAUCACGUUCUAGAUCUCGUUCCAGAUCAAAAUCCAGAAGUCGUUCUAGAAGUACCUCACGUUCACGAUCGCGUUCACGAUCACAAUCUCGAUCCCAAUCUCGAUCUGUAUCCCAUUCACGAUCUAGAUCGCGUUCAGGUUCAAAAUCAAAAAGUCAAUCGCGAUCGAGAAGUCCAUCAAGAUCAAGAUCCGGUUCAGCAAAGAGUAUGUCACGUUCGAGAUCAGGUUCUAGAUCAAGAUCAGGAUCGAGAAAGAGUCAAUCACGAUCGAGAUCGCGUAGUGGAUCCAGAAAAAGUGGAUCACAACCAAGAUCAAGAUCAGGUUCUGCAGCUAGCGCAGGGUCAAGAUCAAGAUCACCUAGUGGUUCUAGAAAAGCAGCUUCGCGAUCUAGAUCAAGAUCAAGAUCAGGAUCUAGAAGUGGUUCACAAUCAGAAUCAGAACGUAAAUCAAGGAGUAAAAGCCGAUCAAAAUCCAAAUCUGCAUCAAGAUCGCGUUCCGGUUCAAGAUCAAAAAGUGGUUCCCGAAGUCGUAGUCCAAGUGGUUCAGCAAGAUCUGCUACUCCAGAAUCUAGAAAAUCAGUUUCAGGUAGUGAUGUUGGUUCUCGCCAUUCAAGUACUGAUCGAGGCGGUGGAAGUGAAAGUGAAUAAAAUUGACUUUGAAAUAUUUGUAUUUAUUACAUUAAGAUAAUGACCAUAAGUUUUAACUUAGACAAGCUUAUAAGUCGGUUAAUAUGAAAUCACAGAUUUUUUGUUUACAGGUACCAAUUGUAGUACUUAGCUUAAUUAUGCCGUAUAAAGUAUAUUAAAUAGAGAAUAAAAUAUUAUGUAAGCUUUGGUAUAUACAGUUUUGCGGUUUUAAAUACUGUCAUAAUUCUUUAGAAAUAUGAGAAUGAAGUUCUACAGAUACAGUUUUGACAGGGAGUAGUAGCCGCUAAUCAUUUUUGAUAUUAUUAAUCGACAAUUUUAUUGAGUUUCGGAAUCGCUGAAGCUCUAUUAACUAAUAUAUUCUAGUUCCACAGAGACAGAGAAGAUUAGAUAGAGUAACAUUAAUUUUAAAAAAAUAUACAGUAACAUUGAAGUUAGAUAGAAUCCAUACAACCAUGGAUUGACAAUUACGGUUAAUACAAUCAGAGUAUGCUAUUAUUAGAAGAAUUGAAAUUGUUGAAAGUAUACGUCAUUUAUUACAAUCUCAUUUUGUUUUGUCGUUUUUUUUUUUUAAUAAAAUUUAUGACAGGGUUUCACACUCACACUUUUUUAUCGUCUGAUUCAAAUGAAUCCAAAUGAAUUAAGUUUUAUUUAGUAUGAUUUUUCUUUUCAUUUUUAAAAUAUUUAUAUAUAUCUUGGUAUAUAUCUAGAUCAUUUAUUAAUAGAGUCAUUUGAUAGAGAAUCUCUCUUAAAUAAACCUAAUCUAAUCCGUCUUUGUCAGAACAUAUCCUAAAGUUAACCAAAUCUAUCUAAAAACUUAGAAAUAUGAUUUAAAAUAUUUUAGUAGUAAUUGAAAUUAAGGCCGAGCGGCAAUUAUAUCUAUAAGUAAAAUUACUCAGGAUAUUGAUCUUGAUAAUAUAUUUCAAGAUCAUCGAAAUCGGAGAAGUGUGCCUCUUUGUAAAUAAUUAUCCAUGCUUUUGUAAAAGUCAAAUUUGCAUAAAAUAUAUAUAAUUUUUGCGAUAUGUUUGUUAACGCAUGUUUUAGAGGAUUAUUUAAAUUAAAAUAAAAUCAUUAUGUUAAUAUAGUA